GAGACUGGUUCGGAAACCGGAGUUGAGGCUUCUUUUGGAAGGGAAGAGAGGAGGGGAGCGCGCUCUGGCGCUGCUCUUGGGAGGAUUACGGCGGAGGCUGUGGACCGCGGCGCCGCUCGCCGAGGCUGCAGCCAUUGCACAGCUGAGCAUCCUACAUUCAACAGGAGGAACCCGCGGGAGAGGAGCUCCGAGCCCGCCGCGCCGCAGCCGCUGCAGCCCGUGCGUCCCGCGCCCUCGCGCGCCAUGGCCAAGGAAGGCGUGGAGAAGGCGGAAGAGACUGAGCAAAUGAUCGAGAAGGAGGCAGGCAAGGAGCCGGCGGAGGGCAGUGGCGGCGGCUCGCACCGACUCGGGGACACCCAGGAGAUGCGCGCGGUGGUGCUGGCAGGCUUCGGGGGACUCAACAAGCUGCGGGUCACCAGGAAGGCCAUGCCCGAGCCACAGGACGGCGAGCUCAAAAUUCGCGUCAAAGCCUGUGGUUUAAACUUCAUUGACCUGAUGGUGCGACAAGGGAACAUCGACAACCCUCCUAAGACUCCCCUGGUGCCAGGUUUUGAGUGUUCGGGGAUUAUUGAAGCUCUGGGGGACAGCGUGAAAGGAUAUGAGAUCGGGGACCGUGUCAUGGCAUUUGUCAAUUACAAUGCCUGGGCAGAGGUGGUCUGUACGCCAGUGGAGUUUGUCUACAAGAUCCCCGAUGACAUGAGCUUCUCUGAGGCUGCUGCAUUCCCCAUGAACUUCGUCACAGCCUACAUGAUGCUCUUUGAAGUGGCCAACCUUCGAGAAGGGAUGUCUGUUCUCGUGCACUCAGCUGGUGGUGGCGUGGGCCAGGCUGUGGCUCAGCUGUGUUCCACCAUCCCCAAUGUGACUGUCUUUGGAACAGCUUCUACUUUCAAGCAUGAAGCCAUCAAAGACUCUGUGACCCACCUCUUUGACCGAAAUGCAGACUAUGUACAAGAAGUGAAAAGAAUCUCUGCUGAAGGAGUGGACAUUGUUUUGGAUUGCCUCUGUGGGGACAACACUGGGAAAGGUCUCAGCCUCCUCAAACCACUGGGGACCUACAUUUUGUACGGUUCAUCCAACAUGGUGACUGGAGAGACCAAGAGCUUCUUUAGCUUUGCGAAAUCUUGGUGGCAGGUCGAGAAAGUGAACCCCAUCAAGCUGUAUGAAGAAAAUAAAGUCAUCGCAGGGUUUUCCCUUUUAAAUCUGCUCUUCAAACAGGGCCGCGCGGGCCUCAUUCGAGGGGUGGUGGACAAGCUCAUAGGGCUCUACAACCAGAAGAAGAUCAAGCCCGUUGUGGACUCCCUAUGGGCCUUGGAAGAGGUGAAGGAGGCCAUGCAGCGGAUCCAUGACCGAGGCAACAUUGGCAAGUUAAUUCUGGACGUGGAGAAGACCCCGACUCCACUGAUGGCCAACGACAGCACGGAGACCAGUGAGGCAGGAGAAGAGGAGGAGGACCAUGAGGGCGACAGCGAGAACAAGGAGCGGAUGCCCUUUAUCCAGUAACCCAGGCCCCAGCCAGAAGAAUGAAGGGCAGUUUGGAAGAAGAGGGGCCAGCUGAGGAAGCUCUUCUGCACCCCAGUGAACAAACCCUGUAGUCCAGUGUGUGUCGUGUUUGUCUGCAGUCGGCUGAGCUAAAAAGCUUUUGAUCACUGUUGUUUUUUGAAAUUAAGUGCCAAUCUUGUUCCACGCAGUAUUAUGUCCCUCCCCUUCUGUGUAUCACCCUCUCCCCUCUCCCUUGUCCCAAGACCAUCCAUCUUUGGGUCCUUCUUGACAGUUCUAGAAUAGCCUUGCCAAUUAAUACAAGCCCACAGGCCCAAUGCCUAGGAAACCAGGCAUGGGCAAAGACAAGUUUGGAUGGAAAGGUGUGAUCACAGAGCACUAUCCAGAUCCGAGAAUUCUUCAGGCCAGUGACACUUUUCGCUGCCAGCCACCCAUGCUUCUGGUGAGAGCACAUGCCAGUGUGGCUGGGCAGAGAGGGGGUAGGCCAGAUCGUUUCAUGAGCCUAUCAGUUGAAGAUCUCUCCAAAUAGUCCUUUCUCCCCCUGUAAGAGGCAACUUCCUCACACUCAUUCCGUUGUUUCAAGGUCAGAAGGUAGGAUGCUCCAUCCCUUCACUGGUCCUUGUCCAUAAAUGCAGGGAAUCAGAUGUGAUUUUUUCAGGAUAAAAGAUGGGUCAACAGCGUGAGCUGGAGGACCAGUCACAGAAACCUCUGAAACCACAUCUCAUGAGCUAAACCCUCUCCUCCCUCACCGUACAUACUGAACUUUAAUUUUAAGAAAACUGACCGCGUGUGGGACUACUUCAGCAGUCACAACUGAGUCUCGUCUGCAUCUGCACACUUGCCAUCAGCAUUACCAAAUGUACUGUGCUCACUUUCUAGGAGUGAGCCGCCACCUUUACUGUGGCCCCCCCAGGGGAGGCCUCCCUGGUGGACAACAUUUGGAAAAGAUCACUGAGCAAACUUGUACUUGCCAAAGCAUGUUUCAACAUGUACCAGAUUUCUAGUGCUACAAAAGUUUACGUUUAGUAUCACAUGCCAAAUGCGUGGCCCUCUCCUCUGAAAUAUAAAAUUAUGGUGCAGACUUUUUGCAGAACCCCUGUAUUGGGGAAACUGGGGACCAAACUUGAUUAUACGCUGUUGUUCAAUUUUCCAGCUCCUAAACUGUGAAGAAGUUCACCCAUUGCCCCACCGCACUUGGCAUGGCUGAGGUGAGCCGUUAACCUGCAGGAAGAGAAAGAGGCUCCACAAGGGGGUCCUCCUUUCUUUCUCCCACUCCUUUGGUCCCAAAGGGCUGACUCUACCACGCAUAAACCACACUGGAGACACAAGAAGCCCACACGAAUGGUGCCCCAACUCACUUUACACGCUGGAAGAUACUGGAGGGUUCCCACAUUGCCCGAUCUCUCCACCGCUGAGCCUUAGGGGAGGCCCAAAUCUUCCAAGAAGUAACGGGAAUGAUCGAGUUUCAGCAGUUACCUGUUUUAUCUCCAAAGUCCUUUUGUAACAAAUGUCACCUCAUCAGUCAUGUUCUCUUUCCCACCCUAAGCUCGUGAUGACUUAUUUAUGCCAAAUAUUUGCCUGAAGGGAGUGUCGUUGUGAAUGUACGAGGAAAAUAUGGAGAUGAGAAAGGGCGCUGCCGUCUGAUGUGCAGAGAGAGGAGAGUAGCUCCACCCCCUCUUCUCUGCCUGCUGUAGGGCUCACCAACUGUCCAGCUCUGGAACAUUUAGAGAGCGGAUGUCGAGGUUCCAUCCCGACUCCUUUGCCAAAUACUGUAUUACUGGUCGUGUGCCUCCCAUACCCAAGCAGACCACGGGUCUUAAGAAGACCUCUUCUGCCAUUUCCUUCCAGCUACCCAAGGGACACUCCUGGUGCGCUGGACAGAAACGGCAUUUUCUAGGGCUGAGGAACAAAGAGCCACUGGUCACAUCCGAGUUCCCCUCGGCCAGGUACGUGGGCACUCCAUGUUCGGAACCCAGCCAGCGGGCCUGUGUGAGGAGAAACAUAAGUCAUUCCACCCCAAAUCUGUUUUUCCACCUAGCAAGAGUAACACAAUAAUCACAAAUAAUGCCAGUUGGUUAAAGAAAACCCUGUCGUCUCCUCGGAAUACAGAAUGAGAAGAGAAAACUAGACCUUGACUAAUGCAAUUAAUUUGUGUCACGAAGGACAAGGGACAAAAAGAAUCAAAAUUAACUGUUUAAUGUGCUCCCUUCUGGAGCGCCCUCUUUCCUGCCCUGGGACGGUCUCUCUGGAGGAAGUGUGAAGAAUGUCUCAGUUUGCCUUAAAGGAACUGUGAAGGCUUCUCUGUAACCUAAGCUUGAUUGGAGUGAACUGAAACAUUGUCUAAUGUAUUUGUGGCUUUAGAGCUUUUGUUAUAUUGUGCCUACAAAGCAAAUUAUGUUUACAUAAAAAUAUAAA